AUGUAUUGCAGCGAAGAUGAUUCUCCGCCGUACGUCAACUCAUAUCAAAACGGCAGAUACAGCUCCUCCUCGAUAGCCUCCGCCUCUGCCUCUGCCUCUGCCUCCUCCUCCUCCUCUUCUUCUUCCGCCUCGGUGUGGUGGUCCGACGCCUCCUCCCAAUCUUCCGACGAUUCCUCAGUCACCGGCGCGUCUUCCGACAAUGAGAUUUCAGAAACAUACUGCUGGACGAGCCAGCUCGCACCCUCCCUGACGACCACGAGUGAACAGCCUCCCGUCGCAUACUGGCCAAAUAAGUUACAUGUGGUUGAAGCUGCGCCAGAGCCUCGGCACCCUAGAAGGACGAGCGGUGGAGCAGGUACCCGAUCAGGUUGCCCGCCUUCACUAGUCCGCCAAUGCGAUCGAAAGAUCAAUUUUGUUGACGGCCUUGUCGAUUCAUCGGCCCAGAUUGUCGAAGCCAUCUGGCCCCUGUCCUCGGUCGUGUGCCGAGGCGAGGUGGGAAGUAAGGGCGUUCUGCCUUUACGGACAUUCAUUCAAGAGACCCUCCGACGAUCACGGACCAGUUACUCGACCUUGCAGGUCGCCUUGUACUACCUGAUCUUGAUCAAGCCACACGUGCCCAAGCAUGAUUUUACGAUGGAACAGCCCGACGAUGCACACUCGGUCAGAGCACUUCAAUGUGGACGGCGCAUGUUCUUGUCGGCUCUCAUCUUAGCUUCCAAAUACCUCCAAGAUCGCAACUACUCAGCCCGCGCGUGGAGCAAGAUUUCCGGACUGAACACCUUGGAGAUCAACCAAAACGAGAUGGCCUUCCUCUUGGCUGUCAAGUGGGAGCUCCACAUCACGGAUUCCGUUUUUCGACGAUGGACCGAGAUUGUUCUUGGCAACAGCCCAACUCAGCCACCCUCCCCAGGCUCGGCACCUUCCCGCCUGGCGGAGCAGGACUGGAAAUCGGUUAUUCUUAGGCUCACUCCUGAAUUGGAUAACAUCGAGGGUCUGACGCCGCGGACCUCUCCCCAGGUCUACCAAAAACGCAUCGGCGUGACCUCUUCGCCACGGUCUUUCGCACCUCUGAUUGCCGACCGCAGCACGUUUGGAUAUGGUAGCAACGAAUCAACUCCUACCCAAAAAUGCUAUGCCCCUAGUGUCCUGGAGCCGUCGCCUUCCACCGUCUACCCAGCCAGCAAACCCGCGCCGGCUCUUGGUCUGCUCCCCACUCCAAGACUGACGCCGCAAAGCACUGGAUUCAACACUCCUGCAGUGAGUGCUGCAUCUUACAUGCUUGGCAAGUCAUCCAUGGGAUAUGCAAUGGCACAGGCUUCGAACAUCGGCGUUGCUCGGGUCGCGGACAGGUGGCAACCACAUGUGUCAUCCUCCUCGCCUCGACCAAGCACACUUCGUCGAUCAUCACUAGCCAAUUCAGUUUCGUCCAUGUCGUCGCCAGAGUCCAUGGUCUCGGAUUCCUCGUCCCGAUCCUCUCGUUCGUCUUCCAUCUCCUCUGCCUCGUUUAUGAUGUGCGCGCCUACCUCGUCUAAACUGGACGUCCAGGCGCGCUGUCGCUACGCGAAGCUCUGCAGUGAGAAGCAGAACAGAUCCGGUAUCGCCACGGUGCCCGAGUACUGCGACAAUGGUCCCACCUCGUCACCAGAGUCAUACACCGGACCGGUGAGCAAGGAAUUCCUGGACCUCUCUCUGGGCACACCACUGGCUCGGCAAGCUGAUUUGGAGGUGUACUCGAAGGAUCAAGCUGCACGUGCUCUCCAAGAGCUCCACAACCACCCACGCUCGUCUGCCUCCCCCAUCCGAGCCGGUGAGAAGCGCAGUCGUCCACAAUCGAUCGACAACUCUCUGCAAGAGAACGUCAGAGAGAUGUUGAGCGGUCGCUAUCAGCCCUCGCAAAGCAACUCUUCUGACAGACAUGCCCGUACUCGCUCGAUCCAUGUCGCAGCCGCCAGCCCGCAAGUCGCUGUCCGAUCUACGUACCCUCCGUCCCUCGGACGCAAGAGAAUCUGCUGCGCCACCGAAGCAGCUAACGGGCUACAACGACACCCUGGACACCCUGUCUUCGGAGGGCUCGGUGGCCCAGGGAUGUGGCAACACAUUCUGAAUUAA